GAAGCCGUUACGCUGAUAACACGACAGUUCCCGACUAUGAAAAGUUGGCUAUCAAACUGCGAGUCAGUCAGAACAACCAACCGAAUCGCUAGUUGGGACAAGACGAGACUAAAGCCGAAAGGAGCAUUUGCCCGCAGACGUUCCGGAGAGAAUGAUGUUCAAGUAGACCACCAUCGGAGGUUGCUCUUCCAUUACUUGUAGCAGCCCCACAGAUAGCUGCGGACUGAGACGUGCAAGCACUCUCCGAGUCUGCUCACGGCAGGGACUUGGCAGGCAUCGCACGGCUGCAGGGGAUACGAGCAUCGAGUCAACAUGGAGAAGCAAAGUAGCGUCACGGGCAGCGAGCUACAAAGUGGCUUCAGCUUCUAUGGCAUGUCCUCGGACAAGAGCGGCUCCGCGUACUAUCGACGACCGGGAACUAUCAAGGAUCGUGUCACCGCAGUGGUCCGCAGUACUUGCAAUGCGGUGAAACGAUUCCGCAAGUUGCGUGCUAUUAACAAAAACCUAGCGCAGCACACACCAGAGAACGAGGAGCACGAAAAUGUCUGGCACGAUGAACUGGAUAUAGGGGAAAUAGAACAGCAAACCUUUGUCUCGCAGAGUCAGCUGUUCAAAGUUGCGUCCAGCAAUCUCCUUGAGGACCUCGAGGCACUUGUUCAGGAAGCUGAGUGCCAGGAUGGAAGUGACGCUGACAGUUCUGCGGGGUGUCUGGGACGGCGGAACAUCGCCGACUGUCUGCAGCAACGCAGUCCCAACGGUGCUACCGCCCUGCACCUGGCUGUCAUGUACAAUAGUCGCGAGGUUAUGCUCCGGUUGAUCGAGCUCUGCCCGAAACUGGUGAACAUUGCGCAGAAAGGAUUGACAACGUCCAUGUAUGAUGGCCAACACUGCCUUCAUCUUGCUGUCGCUAAUCGCAAUUUCACUCUGGUCAAAGACCUUGUGGAGCACGGCGCACGCUUCGACCACACCGUGCGCGCCGUGGGCGAGUUCUUUCAGCCGCGCAUCAGUUCCGGCGCGCCGCUGUACUGGGGCGAGCAUGUGCUGGCGUUCGCAGCGUGCACUGGCCAGAAGAACGUGGUGAAGUAUCUGGUUGAGCGCGGUGCUGACCUGACUGUUCAAGACACAGAGAAGAACAAUGUCAUUCACCUGUUAUGCCAAGUGGCUGCUACGGAGGAGGCAGGAAGGGUGAAGGCUGACAUGCUCUGCUACAUCCUGGAGCUGGCGGAAUCGGAAGAUCAAAAGAUCCUACUAAACACCAAGAACCGCUAUGGCUGGACACCGCUCAAGAUGGCUGCUUACCAAGGCUCUGUGGAGGCAUUCCAAGUGCUGGUUGACUUCAAGAAGAGUGUACACUGGACGUAUGGACCACUGACUUCCUGUGUGUAUGCACUGGAUGAGCUUGACACAUACAAUGAUGACACCUCCGUGCUAGAUAUGAUCAUACAGAGUCCGUCCAAGAUGCGCUACAAGUUGAUCCAGAUGACGCCAAUCCGUCAAUUGCUGACGGAGAAGUGGAGAGACUUUAUUCGCCUGUACUUUGUGCUCUGGGCUGUUGCUUACCUUUGCAUGCUGGUGAUUCUCACUGCUGUUGUGUGGCAUCGUCCACUGAAGCAACCAAAGUGCUAUGGCUACGCAGAAGGCAUUUCGACUAAUGGCACCACGGUAUCAACGUUGGUAGACUGUACUAGGUCCUUGAGACGUAGCAUAUACGAAGAUGCUUAUGUGUCAGCGGGUGACUUUCUGCGACUGUUUGGAGAGCUGGUGGUGGUUGUGUUUGCUGGUCUCAGUUUCUAUAUAGAGGCACUGGAGUUUGGUCGCAGUAAGAUCCUGGGACAGCGACAUGACACGGCCGUCGGAGGAUACAACAUGCUGGCGUUCUUGUUCGACAUCUCCGUCUUCUGUUCCGUCAUCUUGAGGCUGGCGGAUACACACCAUGAGGAGAUUCCGCUGUCCCUGGCGCUCAUCUUCGGUUACCUGUACCUGCUGAACUUUGUGCGCGCUAUACCGGCUCUGGGUCCGUAUGUAGCGAUGAUCAGUGAGAUGUUGUUUGGCGAUGUGAUCAAGUACCUCAACAUUCUCAUCAUCUUCGUUGUGCCGUACUCCAUCGUGACAGUUCUGUACUCACACCGUGCCACCACCAUCGCCGAGAACUACACCAGCUUUCCGCGUAGCAUCGUUGAUGCGUUCUACGUUGCCGUCGGCGCUUUGUCCAUCGACAUCAACAACAUCGCCAUGUCAACGCAGCCAUUCGUGUUCGGUCUCAUCUCCACUACGUAUCUGGUGAUUGCCACGGUGAUGUUAUUGAACCUGUUGAUUGCCAUGAUGAGCAAUACGUAUCAGAAGAUCACCGACCAGCAGGUCGAGGUUUGGAACCAUCAGAUGGGCUCUCUGGUGUUGUUCCUGGAGGACCGGAUUCCAAAGCGGAUGAGGAUUCGCUCCGGCUUCCCAGGACGUUCCCUGGGAAUGAAGAACGAUAAACGGUGGUUUCUUCGUGUUCAGGAGCACCAUAACCAUCUCUUCGUCGAGACCAGCGACUCCGGUGGUUCAGCGGAAUCGGACCCAACCCAAGAGUCGCCAAUCUUCCCGCACGGAUCCUCACAGACUUCUGAGGAGCUCGCCAAUCUUCGCCGAAGAAAAUCCACCAAACAGAAUUCCAUCCUGACGAUGCUUGGCGAAUCUGCGUCACCAUCCAUUGAAACGCUCUACACGCCUACUGAUCCGGGUCUCUGUAACAUUCCUGGCGCCAAACAGCCAGCCAAGACUGCACCAGUCGGCAGCCAGCCAAAGUUCUUCUCGUCCACUGUUCACACCGGAGCCGCGACUGCAGUAACAGCAGCAGCUGCAAGCCAAUCAGGUUCUCUACAGCCGGGACGAUCGUUAUCCGUGGUCUUGCCCAGCAUAACCAUGACAACCAGUGCGGAGCGGCGACGUCAUUCCGACCUGCAUUCGCUGCCCGACGGCACGGCCGGUUUCUUUGACGACCAGACCAUUCUGAGCGGUGUGAACACCACCUCGUUCUCGACGCUCAACGAGAGCGACUACGAGGAGCCAUGGGUGGAGGAGACUGCCAGCGAGGCCAGUGCAAUGAUCAAUCGUCCGCGUAGGCAGAGUAUGGUAGUAUCCCCUCAGGUCACUUCCGACGCCACCACCGAUUCCACCAUAGGCCACUCCGUUUGAGGGCUUGGAUGGCGGCGCACACGAUGUUGCAUCUUUGAGGUAUGUGUUCAGCAAGUAAUGCUUGUCCAGUGACAUGCAUUGCUAGUGUGUCUCUGUGUGGCAUCAGAAAAGAUCACGAAACACAUGCACACUAGUACCCUGGGCACUACCCCUGGGCACUACCCCUGGGCACUACCCCUGGGCACUACCCCUGGGCACUAACUCCCAGGGUACUAGUGAAUUUGAUGAGCCUAUUGAUCUUAGCAGCACCCUGGACCUACAUUGUGUAUCCUGCAGUACCCCUGAUGUGUCCAUCCUGCAGCAUACGUUACGUAUCAGCUUGCUACAUGCGUCGAUUGCCGUUUUGUGUAUGCAUUUUUAGUUUCAAGCCUUUGUUCACUUUGUUUGCGAUUGGUUACCAUCAGUUGAAGUGCUGUAGCAAAGACGUGGACUCACGGCACAGCACUUGCACUAACGUUCCGUAGUUAGUACAAUCCCUCUAUGCAUUUCAUUCACAACUGAUACGAUGCCGUUUUCGACUGCUGCUUUGUUGUUUAUCUGUCCUCUUCUUAUUGCCUGUGCCACGCUCGCGUAUCGUAUAUUGUUCUAUUGCUGCAUUUGUAAUCACGGUGCUCACUCUUCCCUUGACCUCUGUA